UCGGGGCGCCGCUGGGGCUGUGGCUGUGGUUGGUCUGGCCAGGAAACUGUGGCCCCUGCAACGGGCCUUGCCGGUACCUCUGCCGGAGCAGAUUGGCAAUGGUUCGUAGUGGAAAAAGUGGUGGGCUUCACUUGAAGCAGAUUGCAUACUACAAGCGAACAGGGGAAUAUCAUCCCACAACAUUAUCAAGUGAAAGAAGUGGAAUCAGGAGAGCUGCCAAAAAAUUUGUUUUCAACGAAAACAAGUUGUUCUAUGUUGGAAAAGACAGAAAACAAAUGCGCCUGGUAAUUGUUUCAGAUGAAGAGAAGAAAAAAGUCCUUGAGAAAUGCCACAAAAGUGCUGCUGGCACUCAUCAUGGUAUAUCAAGAACACUGACUUUAGUGGAGUGUAAUUACUACUGGACCUCUGUAACAAAUGAUGUCAAGCAGUGGGUGCAUGCUUGCCAGCAUUGCCAGGUGGCAAAGAGCAUAGCCACCAGAGUACCCAAAAUACACCCUAUCAAAGCAGAGGAUCCAUGGACAGCAGUCACUAUAGAACUAAUAGGACCUUUCAAUGUUACCAACAGAAGUCACAAAUACAUCAUAAUUAUGACAGAUUUGUUUACAAGAUGGACUGUUAUCUUACCACUGCAUGACACUUCGGCAGCUGAAAUUGCUAAGGCAAUCAUAAAUGUGUUUUUCUUAUAUGGGCCACCUCAAAAGAUGCCUAUUGAUCAGGGGAAGGAGCUUGUUUAUCAGAUAAAUGAAGAACUGUUUGCACUGUUUGGAAUGAAGCAAAUUGUGUUGUCUUAUCCUCAGACACAUGAUGUAAAUGAAAAAAUUUCAAAAACAAUCAAAACUUUCCUUAACAAGUAUUGCAUAGACCAUCCAAACGAUUGGGAUGAACAUUUAUCUGCUAUAGCCUAUGCUUUCAAUUUGACAAAUUUGGAGCCAGAUCAAAACACUCCAUAUUUCCAAAUGUUCAGCCGUAAUCCACGUGUUGUUGAGCCCAUGAAUAUGUGUGUGGAAGGAGAAUACAGUAGUUUUGCCAAAAUAUUUGAAGCAACUAAAAAAUUCAGUCAAGCACUGGAAGAAGACAAAACCUCAGGUUGCCAGGCAGAUAAAAAAACUCCAGAUGAACCAAAAAUCAGAAACAAAAUCACAGUCAAAAGGAAGUCAAAACAAUUAAAUACUCUUCAACUUAAAGUUGGUCAUGAAGUCCUCAGGCAAAGAAAAAACUGGUGGAAAGAUGGUCGUUUCCAGUCGGAAUGGAUCGGUCCUUAUAUCAUAGAUUACAUCACAGAAAAUGGCUGUGCAAUAUUAAGAGAUUCUACAGGAUCCAGGCUGAAAAGACCCAUCAAGAUGUCUCACCUCAAGCCAUAUGUAAGAGGGUCCGGUGAAAAAGGCAACCAUUACAUUCUACAAGGUGCAGUAGUUUUUGACCAUGACUAUAUUGGCUUAUCUGAAAGAUCUAAUAAUUCAAGCCAAGCAGACUCUUUUGCUGAAAAAGAAAUAAAUGCCUACAAAAGAGAUAUCGUGUCUGCUGUACAGAUUCCACCUGCAGCCUGCAAAGACCAAGAAUCAGCAGAUGGUAAACUUGAGUCUGAGCUGAGAGAAGAUCAUUGCAUUGAACCAAGCAUUACAAAGCCAGAGCAAUGGCCAUCACCUUGUUGGACACUUCAGACAAAGACAGAGGAUACUUAAGCAUUGUCUUUAUCACAUUUCAUUGCCAAGCAGUUUGGAACUACUGUGGCAAACUGAAAAAAAAAUUAGUAGCUCCAAUCUCCUUAGCCCAAUCCACUUACUCUUUUAUGAAUCUAAGAGUGCUUUAGGUAUCUAAUUUGUCUGGGUGUUAAGAAAAGGAGCUGGUAAAAGCACAUAUUCUGAUCAUGCAUUUCAAUUCCAGAUUUUGUUGGUAGAAUGGCAAUGUGGCCAUGCCUUACUGUUAUCCUCUCAGGACACAAUGCAUCAUUUCACUGUAACGACCUUUUCCAUUUAAUCCUUGGAUGACUUAUUCCUAAUGUGCAUUGUCAGAUGAUUUAAAACCUAAGCAAGUUGGUGUAAAUUUUUCCUCCACUACAGCGAAGCUCAUGUCUUCCUUUGCCUGUUAUAUAACAGUUUUCUAUUCAUUUUGAGAAGCUGCAGCACCUGACUUGUACAACUUUUAACCCUAAUCCAUUUAAGAUCUCCCAAAACAAUAAAACUGCCAAAAUCAAAUACAUGUAGUGUUCUAUGCAUGAAACAAUGAGGGCUUCAGCUGUUCCCUGCUCAUCAAAAGUCUACUAGAGUAGGCAGUUUUAAUAUUUCAGGCAUGUGAAAAACCCUUAAGAGCAUUUAAUAGUAAUAUGUGGUUUUUCCACAAACAUUUGAUUUCUCCAUUACAGUUACCUCUUCACUGAGCCUGUGGACGUUGGGAGGUUUUCCAUGGACAGUGGGCUAUGAAACAUGAAGCAGUGGUAUUAACUUAUUCUCUGAUUUCCUUGAGUAAGUUGUUUCUAGUCUGACUUCCUGCCAAGAAGACUGUUUCUCAAAGUCAGCAGCACAGAAAUUUUUUCACAUGGAAAACUGAUGAGUGGAAGUCAAUUUUUAUUGUUGUUUUGGUUUUGUUGUUUUUUGGAGGGGGGGGUUGGUUGUUGGUUUUGGUUUGUUUUUUUUUGGUAGGGAAUUGACAUGAGGAAAACUAGCAUAAAACUGAAUGAGAAAUUCAGCAACUUAUGGAUGAUGCUGUGGAAGAUUUGCUUAUCUUGCUCUCUGAAUUUUUAUGAUCCCUCUCAUUUCUGCUCCAGAAUGUUAUGUGACUUAACACAAGUGGAGGAAAGUACUAUUUAUUAGGAGUUUUCAGUUAAUUUUAGGCAAUUCGAUGUGGUCAUCAAGGCUGAUUAGGUACCUACCUCCUACAGAAAUUAAAUGUACACUACAGUAUGUCUUUAAUAUGGGCAGUAUCUAUGUGAGUAAAGCGGUCAGCACCAUGCCAGAAUCCUAUCUUAAACUUCAAAUGAAAAAUAAUUAAUACUCUAACUAUUUUGUGUCUUCUGAAAAUGCAGUCCUACAGAUACAGUUUUUCUCCACCAAGACUUCAGAAAGAGUCUUUUUGAGUACAUUGUGUGUAUGCACACAUGGAAUAAAUAUUUAUUUUUAUAUAUCAUCCUUUUGAAGAAAAUAUUACUGUCAGGGAUAAAACAGGAGAGUAAGGCAUUGUUUGUAAGAUUCAUUUCUGCUUUAGUAGCUGCAAAAUAGAACUAGCCUCACUUUUUUUUUUCUUACUCUAAGUGAUCAGUUCCUGAAUUUUGCAUAGUACAGCAGAGCUGUUUUCUGCGGUAGCCCUGGGCUAACCCAAGUGCUGUAGAGUUGUUAGAGUGACACUGAAAAGAAAGAAAAUGCUGCAGUGAGAGUAAUGGGCAAAACACAGAAACAAUUAACAUACUGUGUAUAUUUAACAUAUUGCUGAUUGCUCACCCUUCCUGGUAAUUUUCAUCUACUGUAUUAACAAGAAGGCAAUAGUGACUUACCAGUGCACUGAAAUGUGGCCUCCUGUGGAUGGAGGAGGUUAAUUGAAAUAAAAUACAGGGUUUUCAAACUAUUGACAUGAAAAACAUCACUGGAAAAUGGAAAAAAAAACAGUUUGGCCAAAACUGACACAAGGAAGCAAGAUUUAGCAGUGUCUUCAAAAAAUGGGUACUAUACUCAUCUGCACCUAUUAGAAGACCUGCCAGCUUGCUGUCUAUAUCUUGGUAACAAAACUUUGUAGAAAUUUUGAAUGAAAAGCAUCACAACAAAAGCUUUAGUUUGAAGACGAAGUCUCUUCCAGGUAGAAGAAACCAGACAGUAAACUGAAUCCUAAAGCAUUUGAUUCUGGAGCAGUUAAUCCUGAGAGAUGCAUUCCCUGGUCAGUUCUUGCAGCUUGUGUGUAGAUGAAGGGAUCUGCAGCAAACUUACUGCACUGGUAGAAGAAGCAGGUAUGCCAGUGAACAGUAACUGUUGUAGGAAAUACAGCAUGUCCCCACUGCCAGGCA